UCUGAGAUCAGCCCGUUGGACUGCCAGCAGUUGGCGGUGCACCUUCUAGAAGCAGCACGCCACGAAAGAUCCGUUGGCACGAAUCCGCCAAUCAGAAGGCCACUUGGGAAUUUGACCGCAAACGCACAGCAUGGGCUCGGACGACGGACACAAGGUUGGCGACAAUGGACUCCCGAUCAUGAGCGCGGAAGACGUCAAGCCCAAGUACAUGGGCAUCUUGGCCUUCACCUUUGCGCCGCUGCUGAUCGGGCUCGGCAUUGCCUACGCCAUCUACACGUUUGGGGCCACGGGCGCCUACGACAAGCGCAUCAAGGCGCUGCUCGCGACCGACUUGCACUGGGCGUGCGCGGCCGUGGUCGUCUUGGGCCGCACGAUCGCCUUUGUCAACAUUUACCCGACCGUGCACAAGAGCCAGAUUAUGAAGCGCAACUCUGGCAACUUGCGCUCGAACCCGUUCAUCUACAAGGCGCUCGGCAAGGACGCGGCGCCCAACGCGGUGGUCUUUGACGACGCGGGCGCGGUCGGCGCCUACAACCGCGCGAACCGCUCGCUCCACCACAUGAUUGAGAACUAUGGCGCGCUCGUCGCCGGCCUCGUGCUCGCCGCGCACGUGUUUGCGUUCCCCGUGUUUGUGUGCGUGUGCAUCUUUGGCCUCGGCCGCGUCAUGCACCAGGUGGGCUACACGACGGGCUACGGCGGCCACGGCGCCGGCUUUGGUCUGAGCCUCGCUGCGCAAGUGACGCUCGAAGGCCUCCUCGCGCUUGUGUUCUUGAAGGGCCAGAAGCUUCUCUAGCCGCCAUGGCAUGGACAUGUAGUAGGUAGUGUAUGCGGAUGAAUAACGUGACACUGCUUGCAUCAACUUGAA